AUGGCAGAUAUGUCAAUACCCUUACAUUCACCACGAUUCAACAAUAUGCUGAGGGUAGAAAAUGAUCUCCCAAACAGAGGGACGACCUUCUCUGGACCAAUGAUAGAGACCAUAGAAGAGGUCCAAAUUCUGCAAUCUCAUGUACAGCCUACAGUCUCAACUUCAGCGUCAGACACUGGAGGGAUAUCUACACAGCUGAUGACAUCACCAGACUUUGAUGCCAUGUACACAUCUCUAAUGGGAGUACCAAACUCUGGAGAACCGUCUUCACUGCUAAUGCCAGCCUCAGACUCUGGGGUACUGUCUCCAUUGCUAAUGCCAGCUUCAGAUUCAGAGGCACUGUCUCCAUUGCUAAUGCCAACCUCAGACUCUGGGACACUGUCCCCAUUGCCAAUGCCAGCUUCUGAUUCUGGAACAUUGUCUCCAUUGCUGUCCACUUCAGACUAUGGUCUAAUGUCCCCAGGGCUGAUGACAAUUCCUGACUUUGGAGCAAUGUCCACAACACUAAUGGAAGCACCAGAUUCUUCAGAGAUAUCACCACUGGCAAUGCCAACUCCAUCCUCUGGGGUGAUGUCUACAUCUAUAAUGAGCACACCACCCUCUGAAGAGAUGUCCACACCAUUGAUGUUAGCCCCAGAUCCUGGAGAGAUGUCCCCACUCUUAAUGCCAGAUAGGCUCACCCCAGACCCUGGAAUGAUGCCCACACAACCAAUGUCAGCUGCAGGCUCUGAAGCAAUGUCACCACUGCAAAUUACAGAUGAAGACACUGAAGCAAUGUCCAAAGUACUAAUGACUGCCCUGGCCUCUGGAGAGAUAUCUUCACUGAUAAUGUCAGGCACAGACUCUGAAGAUAUAUCUUCAUUGAUAAUGUCAGCCCUUGCUUCUGGAGUAACAUCAACCCAUCCAACAAGCACCCAAGACUCUGGGGAAAUGUCCACCCAGCUAAUGUCAGGCCCAGACUCCAGAGUAGUGUCUUCACUGUUAAUGUCAACUCCAGGCCCUGGAGAAAUGUCCACAAUGCUCCUGUCAGGUUCAGAUGCUGGAGAAAUGUCCACUUUGCCAAAACCAGUCCCAGAUGCUGAAGCAAUGUCUCCACUGUUAAUGACAGCAGUGAUGUCUGGAGUGAUGCCCACCCAGCUGAUGCCACCUGAAAACUCGGGAGUAAUGUCCUCACAGUUAACACAAGAUCUACACUCUCAAAGCAUGUCUGCACCACAAAUGAGAGCCCCAGCCUCUGGCAAUAUGUCUACAUUGCUAAAGGAAGUCUCAGACUCUGGAGCACUGUCCACCCCAUUGGUGACAGUCACAACCUCUGGAACAAUGUCCAUGGAGCAAAUGUCAAUCACAGCCUCUAGAGUGAUGUCCACACAGGUAACAAUGGUCAGAACUUCUGGAGCAACAUCCACAGGCUUUAUGAAAGCCACAAACAAUAGGGCAAUAUCCACACUGCCAAUAAGAAUUCCAACUUCUGGAAUGAUGUCAACACCACUAAGAAAAGCUUCAGAUUCUGCAUCAAUGUCCACACAGCCAGUUAUUGACCCAGCCUCUGAAACAGUGCCCAUGCUACCACUGACAGUCCCAGCCUCUGGGUUAAUGUCCACACUACAAAUGAGAGCACCUGUUUCUAGCGCAAUGCCCAUAUCACAAAGGAGAGCCACAGUCUCAGGAGUAACAGCUGUACCACAAAUGAGAACCCAAGCCCCUGGAGCAAUGUCUACACUGUUAACUGUAGACCCAGCCUCAGGAGUGAUGUCCAUUCCACAAACGAGAACUACAGCCUUGGGAGCAUUGUCCAAGCCACUAAUGACAUCCAAAGCCUCAGAAGCAAUAUUCAUGCAGCAAAUGACAACCACAGCUUCUGGAGACAUAUCCACAAUACUAAUGAGUGACACAACUUCUGGAACCAUGUCCAUGCCACAGAUGACAGACAUUGCCUCUGCAGAAAUGUCCACACUACUAAUAAGAACCCAUGCCACACCACAAAUGACAACUGUAGCCUCUGGAACUAUGUCCACACCUCUAAUGAGAGCCCUAGGCCCUGGAGCAAUACCCACAGAACUAAUGAGAACCACAACCUCUACAAAGUUGCCCAGGCAGCCAAUGAGCACCCAAGAUUCAGGAGGGAUGUCCAGAUCACUUCUGAGAUCUAUAACCUCUGAGGGGAUGUCCUCAUUGCAGAUGCAAGCUCCAGCCUUGGAAAUGAUAUCCACACCAAAAUUGAGAGCCCCAGCCUCUGGGGAGAUGUCCACACCACUGAUGAGAACCUCAGACCCUGGAGAGAUGUCUGCACUGCCCAUAAGAGAUUCAUCAUCUGGACCCACAGCUCAUGGAGUGAUUUCUACUCCACAAAUGAUAGCCACAGCCUCUGGACGGGUGUCCAUACCACAAAUGGGGUCUCUAGUCUCCGGUGACAUGUCCACAUGGCUCAUGACAUCCACAGCCUCUGGAGUAAUGUCCACACCUCAAAUGACAUCCAUGGCCUCUGGGGCAAUGUCUACACCACAGAUGAUACCCACAGCUCCUGGGGAAAUGUGCACACUAUCAGAGCAAGCCUCAGCCUCUAGAAUGAUGUCCCCACCACUAUUAAGGGCCCCAGUCUCUGGAAUUAUGUCCACACCACUAAGGGCUCCUUCAGCUUCUGAAGAUGUGUCCACAGAGUUAAAGAGAGCUUCAGUCUCUGGAAAGAUGUCCACUGCACAAACAGCCAUGGCCUCUGGAGGGAAGCCCAAGCCAUUCAUGAGAGCCACAGCCUCUGGAAUAAUGCCCAUGCCAUUGAUAUCAGCCAUGGCUUCUGGAGAGAUGUCUGUGCCACUAAUGGAAAGCAAGGCCUCUGGAGCAAUGUCCACACCACAAGCAACAGUCACAAGUUCUGGAUCUAUGUCCUUGCCAGAAACAACAUACUCAGCUUCCAGAGGGAUACUUCUGCCACCAAUGAGAACCUCAGCUUCUGAGAUGAUGUCCACACCAUUUCUGAGAGCCACAUCCUCUGAAGGAAUACCCACACCACUAAUGAGGACACCAGUCCUGGGAACCAUGUCCAUACCACAAGUGACGGCCACAGCCUCUGUGGAAAGCAAAGCCACAGACUCUGGAGAAACUUCUACCUCUCACAAUAACACCACGGCCUAUGGAUCACAGUCCACACUACACAUGACUGCCACAAUCCCUGAAACAAUGAACCCACCACUAAAGGAAGUUCAGUCCUUUGGCAUGCUGACCCCAGCACUCUGUUACCUCUUAGAAGAGCAGGAAGCAGCCCGGGGUUCAUGCUCUGAGGAGGAGGAGAUGAAGAUUGAUGAGGAGAAGCAAAUGAAGGGAUUUUUGGAUGAUUCAGAGAAAAUGGCAUUUCUAGUGUCUCUUCAUCUAGGGGCAGCGGAAAGGUGGUCUAUCUUGCAGAUGGAGGUAGGAAACCCCCUCUCAGAUGAAAAUAAAUCUUUCCUAAAAAGAUCACAGGGCGUAUAUAAUUCCCUCUCUGAGAUGGACAUCCUCAGUGCUGUUCUUUGCCACCCCAAGCAGGGCCAGAAGUCAGUCAGGCAGUAUGCCACUGACUUCCUGCUGCUCGCGCAACGUUUGUCUUGGUCUGAUGCCAUUUUACGGACCAGGUUUCUGGAAGGACUCUCGGAAGCUGUUACCACCAAAAUGGGACAGAUCUUCCUCAAGGUGGCUGGCAGCCUAAAGGAGCUGAUAGACAGGUCUCUCUACAUUGAGUGCCAGCUGGCUGAAGAGAAGGAUUCCCCAGGCAGCUCAAGCCAGGUUCUGCAGUCAGCCUGUAAGCGGAAUAAUGAGGAGGCAAUGAAGAAUGAAAUGAACACUGAUCAGCAGACUGAGGAGCACCAGCAUGUUCCCAAACGCUGUUACUACCUGAAAGAGCACGGAGACCCCCAAGAAGGUCUACACAACCACCUUCGACAAAGCACAGGUCAUCAGAAGGCCCCCACCAACAAGUAA